AUGUCCUCCUCUCUCGUGCCGCGUCGCCUCCCGCGCUGCCUAAGCACACCGUCAUGCCCUCGUAGCGCCCGCCGCCUCCUGUCGUCGAACAGCAAGAUCUCGCGCCCGGAGAUCAUCUUCUCGGGCAUCCAGCCCACCGGCAUCCCGCACCUGGGCAACUAUCUGGGUGCGCUGCAGCGAUGGGUCAAGCUGCAAAAUGAAGCCGCCCCGAGCACCAAUCUAGUCUUCUCCGUCGUCGACCUGCACGCCAUCACCCUCCGCCAGGACCCCAAGCAAUUGCGGCUGUGGCGCAAGGAGAUGCUCGCCAGCCUGCUCGCCGUCGGCCUGGAUCCGAAACGUUCCAUCAUCUUCAACCAGUCUGAUGUCCCCGCCCAUUCGGAGCUGAUGUGGAUUCUCAGCUGCCAGGCCUCGAUGGGCUACCUGUCGCGCAUGACGCAGUGGAAGAGCAAAUCCACCACCGAAAAAGAACCCAAGCUCGGCCUCUUCUCCUACCCGGUCCUGCAAGCCGCCGACAUCCUCGUCCACCGCGCCACCCACGUCCCCGUCGGCGAGGACCAGGCCCAACACCUGGAAUUCGCGCGCGAGUGCGCGGGCUCCUUCAACCACGCCAUCGGCCGCACCGUGCUCGUGCCGCCCGACACGAUCCUCUCGCCCGCCCGCCGCGUCAUGAGCCUCACCAACCCCACCAAGAAAAUGUCCAAGAGCGACGCCAACCCCAAGUCCCGCAUCCUCAUCACCGACGACCGCGACGCCAUCGCUGCUAAGCUGCGCACCGCCGUCACGGACAGCGUCGACGGCGUCUCGUAUGAGCCCGAGACUCGCCCUGGCGUGUCGAAUUUGGUUGAGAUCAUGUUCCAUAUGGGCGGGGAGCCGGCGCCUGGCGCGCCGCAGAAUUGUGAUGAGUUGGCCAAGGAGUGCGAGGGGUUGAGUAUGCGCGCGCUCAAGGAGCGGGUGACGGACGUGGUGGAUGCGGGGUUGGCGCCCGUCCGCGAAAGGUAUUACGAGCUAAUGCAGGACGAGUCGGCGCUAGAUGAGAUUAAAGAGGAGGGCGCAAAGAAGGCGAGAGAGAGCGCAGAGAGGACGAUGAGGAUGGUGCGGGAUGCCAUAGGGUUCUGA